AUGGCAUGCAAUGUUUACCUAACAUUCUUCCGCAAAUAUGACUCCGAGCAACUACGUCGACUCGAAUGGAAAUAUGUGCUUUGCUGUUACGGUGUUCCAUUCGUCCCAGCCUUCGCAUACUUCUUCAUCCAGACCCAAGCUCGGGGCCGAAUAUAUGGCUCCGCCCUCGUAAGCAGAACCCCAAAGUCCUCCCUUCUAUCACCCCAUGCUAAUCCAAUCAUCCCUCGACAGCUCUGGUGCUGGAUCUCUGUACAGUGGUCCUUCCUCCGCAUCGCCAUCUUCUACGGACCAGUCUGGCUCAUUAUCUCAUUGACCUUCGCCAUCUAUCUACGAGCAGGGACGGUGAUUUACCAGAAACGGCGCCAGCUUCGGAAUCUCGGCGGCAUUGACUCAGAUCUUGUCCCAGAAUCUCCCUUUGCUAUGUUGACUGGCAUUCAAGUUACCAGGGAGAUUGCCUGUUUCACUCCAGAGCGCCGAUCCUUGUCGGAGGGCAACGCGAGCGGGUUGCCGUCUAAUGCGUUCAGAGCAUACUCAGUCACGAUCGAGGGCGGUAGUACAGCCAACACGCUUCAAAAUUCGAGCUCAAAACCCGAUUCCAGCCCUCUUCAACAGGAUAAUUUUGGCAAGACUGGGCGGCCGGAUGGGGCAGACUCACAGCGGAGGUCGACGUCCACAGAAGCUAGUUCAGCAACGUGGGCAUAUACAAAAUACGCUAUGCUGUUCUUCAUUGCAUUGCUUGUUACAUGGGUAGGUCUAAUUGAAGCCGGUUAUAAUCUAAAAACUGCUGUCGGUUCUUUGUGUUGA